CACGGAGUCACGUGGUGCGGCGUGGGUCGCUGCCUUGGAAACGGAGGGCGCGUGCUCCCCCUUCUGAGUUGCGGCGCAGGGGUCGGGACCUCGUGGCCCUGGCAGGGCUGCUCCGGGGACACGAUGCUGUGCGCCCGAAGGCUGGGCGGCCUCAGGGCCGGCCUAGCGGCCCUGCGGCCCGGGCAGACCAGCCGGGGCAUCGUCGCAGCGGGUAUCCGGGCUCGGAGAGUCAGCACCAGCUGGUCCCCCGUGGGCGCCGCCUUCAAUGUCAAGCCCCAGGGCCGCCGCCUGGACCUGUUCGGCGAGCGCGCGGGUCUUUUUGGAGUUCCUGAGCUCAAUGCCCCAGAAGGAUUUCAUAUUGCACAAGAAAAAGCCUUGAGGAAAACAGAGUUGCUUGUGGAGCGUGCCUGUUCUACCCCGCCCGGGCCCCAGACCGUCCUCAUCUUUGAUGAACUCUCUGAUUGCUUGUGCAGAGUGGCUGAUUUGGCUGAUUUUGUGAAAAUUGCUCACCCUGAGCCAGCAUUCAGAGAGGCCGCGGAAGAAGCUUGUAGAAGUAUUGGCACCAUGGUAGAAAAGUUGAACACAAAUGUGGAAUUAUAUCAAAGCCUGCAAAAAUUGCUAGCUGACAAGAAACUUGUGGAUUCCCUUGACCCAGAAACCAGGCGGGUGGCUGAAUUGUUUAUGUUUGAUUUUGAAAUCAGUGGAAUCCAUCUAGACAAAGAAAAGCGUAAAAGAGCAGUGGACCUUAAUGUUAAAAUCUUGGAUCUGAGUAGUACAUUUCUCAUGGGAACCAACUUUCCCAACAAGAUUGAAAAACAUCUCUUACCAGAACACAUUCGCCAUAAUUUUAUAUCUGAUGGGAAUCAUGUCAUUAUUGAUGGUCUACAUGCAGAAGCACCAAAUGACUUGGUGCGAGAAGCGGCUUACAAAAUUUUUCUUUAUCCCAAUGCUGGUCAGUUAAAAUGUUUGGAAGAAUUGCUCAGCAACAGGGAUCUUCUGGCGAAGUUAGUAGGCUAUUCUACAUUUUCCCACAGAGCUCUCCAAGGAACAAUAGCCAACAGUCCAGAGACUGUCAUGCAGUUCCUUGAGAAACUAUCUGACAAACUUUCGGAAAGAACUAUAAAAGAUUUUGAGAUGAUACGAAGGAUGAAAAUGAAACUAAAUCCUCAAAAUUCUGAAUUAAUGCCUUGGGACCCUCCCUACUACAGUGGUGUGAUUCGUGCAGAGAGGUAUAAUAUUGAGCCUAGUUUAUAUUGCCCGUUUUUCUCCCUUGGAGCGUGCAUGGAAGGCCUGAAUAUCUUGUUUAACAAACUGUUGGGGGUUUCGUUGUAUGUGGAGCAGCCUGCAAAAGGAGAGGUGUGGUGUGAGGAUGUCCGAAAGCUGGCUGUCGUUCAUGAAUCUGAAGGAUUAUUGGGGUACAUUUACUGUGAUUUUUUUCAGCGAGCUGAUAAACCACAUCAGGAUUGCCAUUUCACAAUCCGUGGUGGCAGACUAAAGGAAGAUGGAGAUUAUCAACUCCCGGUCGUAGUUCUUAUGCUGAAUCUUCCACGUUCCUCAAGGAACUCACCAACUUUAUUAACUCCUGGAAUGAUGGAAAACCUUUUCCAUGAAAUGGGACAUGCCAUGCAUUCUAUGCUGGGACGUACUCGUUACCAACAUGUCACUGGGACCAGGUGCCCAACUGAUUUUGCAGAGGUUCCUUCUAUUCUGAUGGAGUACUUCGCAAAUGACUAUCGAGUGGUUAACCAAUUUGCCAGACAUUAUCAGACUGGGCAGCCACUGCCAAAAAAUAUGGUGUCUCGUCUUUGUGAAUCGAAAAAGGUUUGUGCUGCGGCUGAUAUGCAGCUCCAGGUCUUUUACGCUACUCUGGAUCAAAUCUACCAUGGGAAGCAUCCCCUGAAGAUGUCAACCACAGACAUUCUCAAGGAAACACAAGAGAAAUUUUAUGGCUUACCAUAUGUUCCAAAUACUGCCUGGCAGCUUCGGUUCAGCCACCUUGUGGGCUAUGGUGCCAAAUAUUAUUCUUACCUGAUGUCCAGGGCAGUGGCAUCCAUGGUUUGGAAGGAAUGUUUUCUACAGGAUCCUUUUAACAGGGCCGCAGGGGAGCGCUAUCGCAGGGAGAUGCUGGCCCAUGGCGGAGGCAAGGAGCCCAUGCUCAUGAUUCAAGGUAUGCUUCAGAAGCACCCUUCCAUCGAUGACUUUGUCAGUGCUCUCGUUUCUGACUUGGAUCUGGACUUCGAAACUUUCCUCAUGGAUUCUGAGUAAUGGAAAUACCCUGAAUCUUUUAAAUCAGGGUCAUGUAGAUAUCAACUUUUUUAUAAGAGCUACAGCUAUGAAAAUACAUUUUUUAUUUCAGUGUUCACUUCUGUAAUAACUUCUACAAAUCCUUAAAUGGAUAGAAUAAAGAAUUUGUUUGAAUGAU